UUCAUGGAAGAAAAGAAACCAUUCAAGAAAUAUAAUUGGAGCUGUGAAGAUUUCGUGACUGAUUAACUGUAUCCUAUGCUUUAACAGCUGGAUUAUAUGACGACAAACAUGUGAAAGAAAUGUUUAUUGACAUUUGUAUGAAUGUGUCGAUCUGAGUCCGCCUUUCGUCAUAAUUUUGCUAUAUAUUAACUUUUGAAGACAUAAAUAUCAAUUUUAAUUUUAAAUAAACAAUCGAAUAAUUAUUAAACAUGUUAAUUCCUGUUAUUUUAAAACAUUGUUCAAAAUUUAAAUUUUUGAGAUUUCCUAAUUUUACUCGACAUGUAGCAUCGUUUUUAGAUCCUGCUUUGGGACUUUCCGAAGAACAGCUGCAAAUUCAAAAAAUCGCUCAGGAAUUUGCUUCUAAAGAAAUGUUUCCUAACAUGGCUGAAUGGGAUGAAAAGGAAAUUUUCCCUGUCGAAACAUUGCGAAAAGCUGCUUCUCUUGGCUUCGGGGCUAUUUAUAGUUCAGAAAAAUAUGGAGGUUCUGGCAUGACACGUUUAGAUGCCUCAAUAAUAUUUGAAGCUUUAUCUCGGGGCUGUGUCAGCACAACUGCUUAUAUAACUAUACAUAACAUGGCUGUAUGGAUGAUUGAUCAAUAUGGUAAUGAAGAACAAAGAGAAAAGUGGUUGCCCAAACUUUCAACAAUGGAACAUUUUGCAUCAUAUUGCCUUACUGAACCAAAUAGUGGUAGUGAUGCUGCAUCUUUGAGUACUACUGCUAAAAAGGAUGGCGAUUAUUACAUUUUAAAUGGAACGAAAGCCUUUAUUAGUGGUGGUGGUGAAUCAGAUAUUUAUGUCUUAAUGGCUAGGACAGGUCAAAAUGGACCUAAAGGAAUUUCAUGCCUAGUUGUUGAGAAAGGUACUCCUGGUUUAAGCUUUGGGAAAAAGGAGAAAAAACUGGGCUGGAAUUCUCAACCAACACGUGCUGUGAUUUUGGAAGACUGCAAAAUCCCUAUUUCUAAUAGACUUGGAGCUGAAGGUCAAGGAUUUAGUAUUGCAAUGAAUGGUUUAAAUGGUGGAAGAGUCAAUAUAGCAUCAUGUUCCCUUGGAGCAGCUCAUGCAAGCAUAGAAAUUGCUUGUGAAUAUACGAAAGUGCGCAAACAAUUUGGAAAGCCACUAUCCGAAUUUCAGCAUAAUCAGUUCCUCCUUGCACGUAUGGCAUCUGAUCUUCUUGCAGCUCGUCUACUUGUCCGAAAAGCAGCUGUUGCUGUCCAAAAUCAUUCCCCUGAAACUGUAUCAUUAUGUGCUUCUGCCAAAUAUUUUACUACGGAAAAAUGCUCUCAAAUUGUGAACCAUGCUCUUCAGCUACAUGGUGGAUACGGUUAUUUAAAAGAUUAUGUUGUACAACAAUAUUUUAGAGAUAUUAGAGUUCAUCAAAUCUUAGAAGGUACAAGUGAAGUUAUGUUGAUGCUGAUAUCGCGAGAUAUGCUACAACAUUAGAUGAUGAUUGUUGUCAAGGAAUAAGGAUCUGCCAAAUUUCUAGAUGCCAAAAUAAAUAAAUAAAUAAAGGAUGGAAGGAAGAAAGAAAGGAAAGGAAAGAAAGCCAAAAAGCUGAAGGAAAGCUGCCGAGAAUGAAACUCUUUUGAAUUGAAGUACAAGAUCUUUUUAUAAUGUGAAAUAAUAUACACUCGUUUGCAAAUAAAUUUAUAUUUCUGUUAAA